AUGAAAUUCGAAUCUUCAAACGUCCAGCUCGCCGCAGCUGAAAAGCUCCAAGCGGAAGCUACAGCAGCUAUCCGGAAGCGCAAUUUCAACGGCGCAAUCGAUAAAUUAACGGAGGCUAUCAACAUGCAGCCGCCGAUACUCAUGGGACUUCUGGAUACACGGGCAGCACUGUACGAUAAGACCGAGAAAUUAAAGCUAGCACUAAAAGAUGCAAAGACCAUGAUGGGACAGGAAAAGACGAAUCCGAAGGGUUACCUUCGAGCCGGCAAAGUACUCCAUCGUCUUGACAAAGCCGAUCUCGCUAUCGAAGUAUACAAACUUGGGAUCAAGCACGCCGAACCAUCCGAUCCGCAACUCCCACGUCUGAAGGAAAUACUCGAAAAGGCGCAGGAAAAACACAAUAAGGUCAUGAGAGCUGCUGCUAAGAAGGUUUAUGACCCGAUGCAAGUCCUUCCACUUGAACUUCUUGAAAUGGUCCUCGGCUAUCUCCCCUUUCAGAAUAUCGUCGCAAUGCAAAGAGUGUCGAAGACCUGGCAAAGAGUAAUAUCGAGUAAUGCUCGAUUUUGGACUACGCUAGAUUUCUCUCGUGCACGAAAACCCAUCAGCAAAACUGCGCUCAAAACGUGUAUCAACAAGUCAAAGUAUACACUUACAAAAGCAAUCUUGAAUCGGAUUCACAACUAUAACGAUACGACAUUGAUUGAUAUGGUUAGCAUUUGUAAAGAUUUAGAGUAUAUGAAGGUCAUGGAUGGGCUGCUGGGUAACGGAAUCCUUCAUCCCGAGGUACCGUUAGAACAUCUAGAAUGUCUGUAUCUAGGACCUACUAAGAGGGCACAGGCGUUAAGCUUUGGGAAGAAGGAAGCCUGCACGACUCUGAAGAGGUUAUUGGUGAACUUUGCAGACCUUGAAUCUGCGUCGGUGAGAAGGUUGGUUGAAAUGGAAAGUCUGGUGGGAUUUCUACCAAAUUUACAAGAACUUCAACUGAACAAAAUACAAAUUAGCGGGGGGAGGCUAGACAUGACGAGCCUAGAGAAGUUGGAAAUCUUCGUCUGCCGGAAUUCGGGCAUCACUUCGGGAGACAUACGUUAUCCAUCAUCCCUCAAGGUCUUAGACGUCGCGUGUACGACAUUUGCGGGCCAGAAUACGGCUGAAAACCAAGAGACACUACCAAGGUUGGAGAUGCUCAACGUGACCAAGUCGAAUUUACCAAAAGAGGUUUUGCUUGACCUCGUCCCGCCAUACGAGAAUCAGUUAACCCAUCUCCGAAUCGGUUGGGCGAAUAAUAUUAGAUUUGAGGACGUGCUCGAAAACUAUUUGGGGCAUAAAUCACUCGAAGGGCUUGAAGAACUCUCCGUCGAAGGAGAUUACGAAUACACUAAUCGGUCCGUGCAGGCAUUGUACGAUUUACCUUGUUUGAGAAAGCUGAAUUUCUCAUCAACUUCUGUCAAUGGAUCUGGAGUCUACCAGUUGAUAUCGAACGGCAAGAGCCGCGAAAGCCUCAAAGAAGUUAUUAUGAAUGGUAUUGACAGGGUCUCUAGUGAUCUCGUCAAGUUUGCGGGUGACAGGGGUGUCAGAAUUAUCCAGGUCCCAGAAGGUGGAAGGGAGUGGCAGCUGCUGCAGGGCGAGAAUUCGGGCCCGUUUCUGAGAUUGUAA